AUGCAUUAAAUUGUUGUUAAAGCACUUAUUAGAGAAUUCCUCUUAAAAUCAGGACUUACUGAAACAUUAAAUACCUUUGACAAAGAAUACAAAGAUAAGACAACUAUAACAAAGAUGGAUGUAAUUUUGUAACUUGGUCUUUCAAAAGUUGUAAAACGAAACAAUUUAUCAUUGAAACCUUUAAAGAGUUUAUUAGAAAUCUUGGUUUCUCAUCUUCUUAAUAAAAAAGCAUAAUUGGAAGCAUUAACAAUAGCCUCAAAAGCUGAAAGGAUUGAAGACAUACCUUAAGAUAUUCCAUAUGAUCCUAGUGUAGGUGCAUCUCGUAUGAAUAAAAUGAAGAAAAGACCUUAAUCAGAAUACAAACCUAAAAACUUAGAUUUAUCAAAAGAAGAAGAAGUAGUAAUAGAAUAAAAGGAGGAUAAGAAAGAUGAAACAUUUUCAUCAAAUAAAGGAACAUUUGAAAUAUCAAGAAAAUCUUCUACUAAAUAAGUCCGAUUAUAAGACUAUUAAGAAGAUAAAAUUGAUGAUCAAUCAAAUUAAGAUAAGAAAGAAUUACCUAAUUUAUUAUUAAGUCAACCACCUAAAUUAAUUAAUAUGAAAAAAUAAUCAGAAAAAAAGGAAGCUGAUUAAGUAAUACUCAAAGAUUAAUAGGAUAAUAAUUAAGAUAAUUAAACUAUGAAUAUUAAAGUAGAAUAUUAAAAGUGCAAUAUUAAAUAACAUAAUGUACAACUUCCAAUUUCAAAUUUGAAUUAUGAUAAAUCAAUAGGAUUUAAUUAAGGGAAAAGAAGACCUUAAUAAAAAACUAUAACAUAACCUAUUAAAAAACUAUUAUUUUAAGGCACUAUGACAGGAUUACCUAAAAGUUGGUCAUAACCAUUUAUUUUUAAAGAUGAACCAACCUUUUUUGGAUUACAUUAAUUAGAAGGUGGUCCAUGUGGUGUUUUGGCCUCUGUUUAAGCUUACUAUCUUAAACAUUUUCUAUUUUCUUAAUCUAGCUAUUCUAAAGUUUCUAUAAAAUAAAAUUGUUUAAUUGCUGCUUUAUCUGAUAUAUUUUAUAAAUCUAAUAAAGAAAGACUUAUUAUAGCUAUUCCAGCAAGGGAUUCAUCAAUGAGUUAAGCUAUAGGAAUUGAAAGUUGUGAUCAAUUAGAAUAUUAAAUCAAAUCUUUUAGUUAUUUAUAUGAAAUACUAUUGGAACAUGUAUCUCUAUUUUUUGGACAAAAUGGAGUAACUUUAUUCUUUUAUUCCCUUAUAUUAACAAAAGGUGUUGAAUAAAUUAUUUAAGAAAUGGAUUCUGCCACAAAUCCUUUGAUUGGUAAUCAUGGUCAUUGUACACAAGAAGCAGUUAAUCUUAUGUUAACUGGUAAGGCUAUUAGUAAUUGUUUUGAUGGGUAAUACUUAAUUUAAUAAUUUAUAGAUGUAAAUAAAUAGAUGAAUUGAAAAUUAAAGGAAUUGAAGAAAGAAGUGAAAUUGGAUUUUUGACUAUAUUUGAACACUUUUAAUAUCUUGAAGUAGGAAAGAAUUUGAAGGAACCUCUACUACCCAUAUGGGUGAUUUGUAAAGAAUAUCAUUAUUCAGUCAUUUUUGGUUGUAAUAAUGAUGUAAUUUAAGAUAAACCAUAUUUAAGUAGGAAAUAAUAUAUAUUUUAGAAAAUAAUUUGAAAGAAUUUGAUUUAGUUUUUUAUGAUGGAUUAAAUAAUCCUGAUGAUCUAAUAAUAAUUACAAUAAGAAGAUUAGGUGCAUAGUUAGGCAAAUAGAAAAAGAAGAUUUAAAUAGAAGGAGUAUAAUUUGAUUCGAGUGAUAAAGUUACACCUUUGAUAGAAUGUUUAUUAAAAACAAAAUAUGGAGAAUUAGAAUUAGAUUGGAAUGAUAGUAUGCCAAUAUUAUGA